AACGCCAGGAAUAAAUAAGAGCUUUCCAUCAACGAUGAAUAGAAAAGCACACGUGCUCUUUUUUCUUUCUCAUCUCUCUCUCUAUAUAUGUAUACCUAGUUACCUACUCUCCCCAGUGCCCUUUUUUUAAAGCAUAACUUGUCUCCUUGUGCUCUUCCAAAGAAGAUGGAGAACAUCAGUGAAGACUACAACAAUUAUUGGGAAACAGCCAUGUUCUUACCAUCGGAAGAAUUCGAUAGCUGCUUCGAUGAGGCAAUCUCGUCAUACUAUGACUCAAGCUCGCCGGAUGGGGCACAGUCAUCGAAGAACAUUGUGUCAGAAAGGAACAGGAGGAGGAAGCUCAAUGAGAGGCUCUUUGCACUUAGAGCUGUGGUCCCAAACAUAAGCAAGAUGGAUAAAGCCUCAAUAAUCAAAGAUGCAAUUGAGUAUAUUCAAGAUUUGCACGAGCAAGAGAGGAGAAUUCGAGCAGAGAUAGCAGUGCUUGAAUCUGGAAGAUCAAAGAAGAAUAACGAUGUUGAAUUUGAUCAAGAUGGGAGCUUUGAUUUAAAGCCAAAAAGAUCAAAAAGACUUGAGCAGCAGUAUGGAUAUGAUUCUUCAGGAUCAACUACAAGAUCAUCACCAUCCUCUUCCCCUAUUGAUGUUCUUGAGUUGAGGGUAUCUUCAAUGGGAGAAAAAACAAUGGUGGUGAGCCUCACAUGCAGCAAAAGAAGAGACACAAUGAUAAAAGUUUGUGAGGUCUUUGAAUCUUUGAAUGCCAAAAUAAUUAGUGCAAAUAUCACUGCUUUCUCUGGGAGACUUCUCAAAACAGCUUUCAUCGAGGCUGAUGAAGAAGAGAGAGAGAUUUUGAAGUUGAGGAUUGAAAGUGCUAUAGCUUCUCUAAAUGAUCCACAUAGCCCUAUGAGCUCUUAGAACAACAAACUAAUUAAUGGCUUGGAUUCAACUUUGUUUAAUUUCUCCAUCAUCAUGAUGAUUAAUUAAUUAGGAUGUAUUUAGUUUCGAGAAAUUCUUUUCUUUUCCCACCCUAUUAAUAAUUUCUACGUCGUCCUUCUUCUUAAAGUUUCUGUUUGUGUAGUUUGUAGUUGGUGUUUUUCACAAUGAAAUCCAAGUCAAUAUUCAAAGUUGGUCUA